AUGCGACUGCGCGCGCCGGCGUACGAACACGCGGGCGCGCGCGAGGGACGCGCGAUCGACGACGGAGACGACGGUGACGACGCGCGCGCGACGCGCGGCGCGCGAGCGAGCGGCGCGGACGCGGACGCGGACGCGGGACGGAACGACGACGACGACGCGCGGCGACGACGCGAACGCGAGACGACGAGCGGCGAGCUGACGCUGCCGCAAUCGUUCGGCGCCGUCGCGCUGGGCGAACGGUUUAGCUCGUUCGUGACGUUUGGGAAUUUUUCAGAGCCGACGAGCGGGGCGAGCGGGACGGCGCGGGAGAUCGGGAUCAAGGUGGAGCUGCAGACGGAGACGCGGCGAACGACGCUGCGAGACGGGACGAAGACGCCGAUUGAGACGCUGCGACCGGGGGAGAAGGUGGAUUUGAUCGUCACGAAGGAUUUGAAAGAGCUCGGCGCGCACACGCUGGUGUGCUCGGCGACGUAUUACGACGCCGCGGGGGAGCGGAAGUAUUCGCCGCAGUAUUUCAAGUUCAACGUGGCGAAUCCGCUGAGCGUGCGAACGAAGGUUCGCGCGGCGCCGCGCGGGCGCGCGUUUCUCGAGGUGUGCAUCGAAAAUACGACGAGGUAUGCGUUGUUGCUCGAUAGCGCGCGCUUCGAUACGGUGGAUGGGAUCUUGGCGAAGGACAUGACGCCAGAAUUCGGCGGCGCCGCGGCGACGCUCCACGGCGUCGACGACUCCCCGGACGCCGGUUUACCUUCGCUCGGUAAGCGCGCGGUGUAUCGCCUCGAUCCAUCGACCGGGGCUGCGCACUAUCUUUUCGAAAUCACGCGCGCGAACGCGAGCGAGGAACCGCUGACGCCGCAGACACAGCUCGGAAAACUCGAGCUCCGCUGGCGCGGCGCCAUGGGCGAUCCCGGCCGGUUGCAGACGCAAGUCAUCACCGCCGGCAGCGCGGGAUCGACCGCUCCCUCCCCGGUCGCGGCGAAGAUGCGUCAGUCGAUCAUCGUCCACCCACGACCGCCCGACGCCGAGGACGUGAGCACGGUGUACGCGGAAACGCCGUUCAUCCUGCGCGCCGCCGUCGAGGCCCUCGCGCCCAUCAAAGCCGACGCCUGCGUCGUCCGCGUCAAAGAUGUCGUCUCCGGCGUCUACAUCGACGGUCCGCGCGCGGUGCGCGUCGGCGCUUUAUCCCCUGGACAAACCGUCAACGUCGACAUUCCGUGCGUCGCGCUCGGCUUGGGCGUCCAAACGUGCCCGUCCCUCGUCCUCUGCGACGCCGUCGACGACGCCGCGCGCGCGGCGCCCGCGCCGUUGGAAGUCUUCUCCGUCAUCCCGCCCCCGUCCGUCGUCCUCGACGCGCUCAAACGCGUCGAAACCAUCGACGUCGCGUCGCCGCCCGUCGACGUCGCGCCGUCGCUCGACGCACCGAUCGACUCGCUUUUGUAA